AUGCUUAACUGCAUCGACAACUCCGGAGCUGCAAUUGUCGAGUGCGUCGCAGUUAUGAGGAAGAAGAAACAGCAUGCGAGAAUAGGUGAUAGGAUCAUCGUCGUUGUUCAGAAGCAAAAGUCCUUCGGCGCCGAGACUCCCGGCGGAUCGAGUUUGAGUAUCGCCAACAAAGUACGGAGAGGUGAUAUUCGACACGCAGUGGUUGUGAGAGCGAGGAAAGAAGAGCGCAGGAAAGAUGGAAGUCUGAUACGUUUCGACGACAACGCCUGUGUCCUUAUCAACAAGAACGGUGACCCCAUUGGGACGAGGUUGUCGAGUAUAGUGGGAGCAGAACUACGUGACAAAAAGUGGUCAAAGAUCUUGUCAUUGGCACCGAUGCAUGUUUAA